GUGCUUCACACCGUGGUGGUGUGCGUCUCGCGGUCUUUUCCAGACUUUCUGGGCCCGGCCUACGACUUCAGGAUGUAUCACAACAGUAGCCAGAAGCGGCACUGGACUUUCGGCAGCGAGGAGCAGCUGGCGCGACUGCGGGCAGACGCCAACCGCAAAUUCAGAUGCAAAGCAGUGGCGAACGGGAAGGUUCUUCCAAAUGACCCAGUCUUUCUUGAGCCCAAUGAAGAAAUGACGCUCUGCAAAUACUAUGAGAAAAGAUUGUUGGAAUUCUGUUCAGUGUUUAGACCAGCAAUGCCAAGGUCUGUUGUGGGUACGGCUUGUAUGUAUUUCAAGCGUUUUUACCUUAAUAACUCCAUAAUGGAAUAUCACCCCCGGAUAAUAAUGCUCACUUGUGCAUUUUUGGCCUGCAAAGUAGAUGAAUUCAAUGUUUCUAGUCCACAGUUUGUUGGAAAUCUACGGGAGAGUCCUCUUGGACAAGAGAAGGCACUCGAGCAGAUUUUGGAAUAUGAACUACUUCUUAUACAGCAACUUAAUUUCCACCUUAUUGUCCAUAAUCCUUAUAGACCCUUUGAAGGCUUUCUCAUUGAUUUAAAGACUCGCUAUCCCAUGUUGGAGAAUCCAGAGGUUUUGAGGAAAACCGCUGAUGACUUCCUUAAUAGAGUUGCAUUGACGGAUGCUCCCCUUUUAUACACACCUUCUCAGAUUGCCCUGACUGCCAUUCUGUCUAGUGCAUCCAGAGCUGGAGUUAGUAUGGAAAGUUAUUUAUCAGAAAGUCUGAUGCUGAAGGAGAACAGAACUUCCUUGUCACAGUUACUAGACAUAAUGAAAAGCAUGAGAAACUUGGUGAAAAAGUAUGAACCACCGAGAUCUGAAGAAGUCGCUGUUCUGAAACAGAAGUUGGAGAGGUGUCACUCUGCUGAGCUUGCACUUAACGUAAUUACGUGAGUAGAUGUGACACGGUGACUCAGGAAUAGAGACAACUGCCACUGUGUCUGGUUGGUCCUUAAAUCAUUUAAGUGGGAAAGGUUUGCUCACACUGGGAAACUGACUUACCCAUUAAAUCAGAUUUUUUUUGUUUGAGUGUACAUUUCUAACAGGAUUAAGCACAUUCUAACAGGAUUAAGCACAAAAUACUCAAGAAUUUGGCUUUCAUAGUGUAUUCCUCUUCCUGCUAUGACUAAUGUGUUCUUUGGCUUGCAAGCCCUGACCUGUCCUUUUAUUCCUUGUGGGAUCCCCUGGGGCAGUCUUCCUAGGGAAUUCCUGAACCUUUUCUUGCCCUUUUAAUCUUUGGGUUCUCUGUAGGUCUGGUUAUCUUCUCUGAAGAACAAGUACACUGUUCCAGGCUUAUUUCUGUUAGCUAGGGUAGGGAAACUUGGCAUGUUUUCUCUCAGUGGUAAGCUUUAUACUCAAGACAGAACCAGUAGGAAAAUGUGCUGUGAGCUCUCUUCUUGCAGCUGUAAGGAACACUGUAACGUCUCAUUGAUGUGUAGGCUGAAUGGGGAAAUCACCAUAUUUAGGCUCUCUGUGCUUUGAGAUUUGAAGGAUCUACUUUAACCUUUUAGGAGUUUAAACAGUUGGGGGUUUGUGCAGGUAAUAGAAAUGGUAAAACUGUUAUUUUCUAUUUUCUGUGGAUGCAUUCUGGUUCAAAAGUUCUAAUUUAUUUAGAACUUUAUGAGAAAAUUUAGUGGGAGUUAGCUCUGGCUUCUUACAGUUGAGAUGCAUUUGAGCUGUUUUUGAUCUCUAUAACUGGUGAAUAUAUGCUACUGGAUAAUACAUGAGAAGCCAGAAACAGCAUUCCAAGGACUUGAGGUCAGAUACAGGACUCAGAUUCUUUAAAGUUGUAGUGGAGUAUCCAAGGACUUGUGAAGUGUGUGAAAUAUGGGACUAUUUUAUUAAAAUUGUAGCUAUAACUGCAAAACAUGGCUUAGCACAGAACUUAAAAUUGGUAAUUUCAUUCUUGGGUUUCAGUGGUAACUAAGAGGAAUGAAGGAGAGUUUACAGAAAAGUAAAGGAAAAUGUUGACUUCAAUGAAUGAGAUUACUGCAGCAGUGAUUAUGAUAUUCUCACACUGAUUUGGAAAUGGGCUUAGACCAGGGGUUGGCAAAGUAUGGCCCAUGGGUCAGUACCUGUUUUGGAAAAUUUUAUUGGGACAUAGAUGUACCCAUUAGUUUGCAUAUUGGGUAUAGCUGUUUUCACUCUGUAGCAGAAGAGCUGGGUUGUUGUAACAGAAACUACAUGGCCUACAGGGCCUAAAAUAUUUACUUUCUGGCCUUUUAAAGAAAAUUUUGUCAACCUCCACAUUAGACCCUUGAUCCUACCCCUUCUAGCUAGGUAACUGAAUGAAGCAUAAUCCAAAAUUCCUGAUUGCCAGAAUUGACAUCUUCCUCCAAGUGACCAUCUGCUUUGUACCAUGUAAGUCCUGCAUUAUCUAUGAGUACUUGAGUGGUGCUUCUCAAACUGUCUGUAAAGGACUGUUGGUAUUCAUUUUAAGCCAUUAUAGACCUCUGCGUUUGUAAAAUAUAACCACCAACAAAUUACUGGAAAAUGAAAUCUAAAAGACGUAAAAUAUAAGGUUAAAUUUUAUUAGAUUCAACAGCCAUAAAUUAAAUAAUUGCUAUAAAAAUUUCUAAACAUACAGUCAGGUUCUGUACUUGUCUCAUUGCACACUGGAAAUGGUUCAUGGACCUGCACUGGUGCAUGGACCACACUUACAAGCACUACUUUAGGAUGAAAUAUGUUUUCCCUUGGUCUUUAAAAUUCUCGUAUCUUUUUUCAAUACAGAAGUAGUAUAUUGUCAGUAUUAAAGUCAGAUAAUACAGGUAAACCAA